AUGAGCCGAACGCCCUUUUUCUCCCUAGGUCGUUGGUCACUGCCGCGGGCUGAGCGUGCGAGUAUUGGACCUACGCAAGGGUUAGCUCUAAUCGAGACGCCGAUUGACGAAAAAGAUGGUGUCCCUCCGCACCUGUACCGCCGUUCGGAUGCAACUCCAAUUGAAUUGUUUUUCGAUCUUUUCCUCGUUGCAAACCUUUCUACUUUUACAGCCACGCAUGAGAUCAACAAUGUAGAAGCUUUGGUGACCUACAUUGGAUUUCUGGGUGUUAUCUGGUUCACCUGGCUCCAAGUCAUGAUGUUCGAUAUCCGUUUUGCUCGAGACUCUCUUUUCGAACGAAUCUGCAAAGCUAUGCAACUAGGGAUCAUGGUUGGCUUCGCUUCUGCAGGGACAAGAAUUACCACGCGUGUCCGACCCGAGAACGUUUGGGCCUUUCAGUCCCUGAGUCUUAUGCUGGGUGGGAGCAGACUAUUACUGUCGGUACAGUACAUUGUUAGUACUGUCUUGAUUCGCAAGCGAAUGAGCUGUGCCUCAAAAGGGCUUUAUUUCAUAGCAGCCGCUUUACUCGUUUCGAGCUUGGUACAUUUCGGAAUGUAUUUUGUCUUCGGCGAAGACUCAGCUCAUUCCUACGUCUGGACUGUUUGGUUUGUACUGUUUUGGGUCGAAAUGUGGACGGUUUUCGCAACCUCCUGCAUUACUCCGGACAUUGGGUUUCAAGACACUCCUCUGAACGUCCGUAUGGGCCUUCUUACCUUGAUUAUCAUUGGUGAAGGGGUCAUUUCUGUUACAAGACUCGUCAAUAAAACGGUGCGGCCUGGCGGUUGGACCAGAUGGUCGUUUGUCCAUAUCUUAGGCGUCACGACCAACGUUUAUUUCAUCUGGCAGGAAUAUUUCGACCUCACUCCAACGCGCACAAUAGGUACAUUUGCGCAACAAAUUUGGGCCCAACUUCAUUUUCCAUUCCACGUGGCCCUCGUCCUUCUACUGGAGGGAUCACAGAUCCUCGCAUUGACUCUGGAUAUUACAUUGAAGCUGCAGUACCUGACAGAAACGAUCUUGUUUGCAUGCGAAGAACCGCGACCGGAUCCCGAAUUAGCUGUCAAACUGCUCUGUGAUACAAUAGCCGAUAUGGAAAUUGAAUACAGCCGUGGAGCUAUCAGCGAACAGAUGGCUAUUCAUGACAUCUUGAAUGAUCUUCCUAAUCACGAAAUCUGCCCCGUCAACGGAACAAUCGGGUUCACACUCACUAGGAACAUGUUCAAUGAUCUGGUAGGAAAUGUGACUUCAGCUCUCUUCUCUAGCAUGAGAAUCGUGCCGCCACAGAGUGCGCACGUCAGUACAAUGGAUAGCUCUCAGUUACUGAGAAUGUAUGUUGAGCUUUUGGGUUUCGUCUAUGUGUACUAUUUUCUUGUUGCGUCACUUGCAAUGUUACUAUUUGCUGCCUUUGGGCUCCUUGCUCAACGCCAUGACAAACCGCUGGCAAUGGCAAUCGGGGUGGCGGUUCGCAUCGUCUCUGGCAUCUUCCUGGCAAGCCUUACUAUCUUUGCAAAACAUUUUGAGCUUGCGUAUUCGUUCAUGAAGUCGCCGACUAUACUAUACGCAUUUACGUUUGUUUUAUUGGGAGGGACGACAGAGCAGAACGGUUCGGACGGGAGACUACACGCACAACGCUGUGCUACUGGGCUCGGGUUGGAAGCAGCAAAAGACACUGAGCUGGAGUUGGACCGCGCACAUGCACUUAGUGCACUGACCUGGCACGCAUACCGACAGCUGUGA